AUAUUCGUAUAUUAUAGAAUUUCAAAAUGCCGGUUUCUAUGGUACACUUUUCAAUGUUUCAAUGAUGUAAAUAAAUCCUAAAAUGAUAUUCUAGGCAUCAAUGUGAUAAAUCUUGAUAUUUUUUAUAGAUGAUAUUAUUUAGAAUGAAAUACUUAAUGAUAUCCUGUACAGAAUAGUAAACAAGUAAAAACAACCCCACCACCACCAUCACAUAACUUUAUGACUGGAUUUCAUAUUAUCCUCCUAUCCAAUCCCUGUGAAUAGUUAGAAUAAACAUUCAACUUCUAUAAAUUCAUGAAAUCAUUCAAUUUGAAAAUUUAUCUUCUAUAAAAUUAUCCAAAUCAAUGAAGAAUACAAAUACAGUUUUAAAUGAAACUAUAUGUAUGAAUACAUCAGGGAAUAAUGAUUAUUUGAAUGAAAAUGAAUCUAAUAGUAAUCAUACAACUUCUAUAUUAGGAUUUAAUUCAAGAAUAUUUAAUAAUUGUGCUGAAUGUGGUUUAAGAAUUAUUAAUUUAAUGGAUACAUGUUAUGCAAUGGGUUAUUUAUAUCAUAAUUCAUGUUUUGUAUGCUGUUGUUGUAAGAGAACGUUACGUGGGAAAGUAUUUUACAAAGAUCAAGAUAAAAUCUAUUGUGAAGAAGAUUAUCUGUAUUGUGGAUUUCAACAAACAGUGGAGAAAUGUUUUGCAUGUGGACAUAUUAUUGCUGAAACAAUACUUCUAGCUGUUGGAAAAACAUAUCAUCCAGGAUGUUUUCGAUGUUGUAUUUGUACUAAAUGUUUAGAUGGAAUACCAUUUACAAUAGAUUCAAAUAAUUUAAUUUAUUGUUUAUCAGAUUAUCAUUUAAUUAAUGGACCAUUAUGUGCUGUUUGUGGAUUAGUAAUUAUGCCAGAUGAAGGUUCAAAUGAAGUUAAACGAGUUGUGGCACUUGGCAAAGAGUUUCAUAUUGAUUGUUAUCGUUGUAUUGAUUGUAAACGAAAUUUAGGUGAUGAAUCAGAUAAACGUUGUUAUCCAUUGAAUGAACCAGAUCCUUCAACAUCUGGACGUAUUAUCCAACGAUUAUUAUGUUUAAAUUGUCAUUUACAACGAAUUGGUGCUAUUCCUGCAACAUUAGCUGGUACUAGUGGAAACACUGUAAUAAACACUAAUAAUAAUAAUAAUAAUAAUUCUCAUCAUUAUACUACUAGUACUAAUAAUAUUGCUGUUGCUGGGAAUCAUAUAAAAUCAAAUAGUGGAAUUAUAAGUCAUGCUAACACAACACCUAUAAGUAAUAUACGUUAUGCAACUAUGCCAAAUAGAAUUCAUAAAGUUAAUAAAUUAAAUACAAUCAAUACAAAUCAAUAUUAUCAACAUCAUCCUUCUAAUCAUUCGUAUAAUAAUAAUCCAUCUUCAUCAACUUCCUUAUUAACACAUAGUUAUUUACCAACAACAUCAUUUAGUCGUAAUAUACAACAUACAAUACCAAAUUCAACAACUUCUUUAAUAUCAAAUUUAAAUCAUCGAAAUACUACUACUAAUAAUCAUACUAGUAGUAGUAGUAGUAGUAGUAAUAACAAUUAUGCAAUAAAUUGGGAAAAGACACGUACCAGUGGUAUGAAUAAUAAUAAUAAUAAUAAUAAUAAUCAUAAUGGUAAUCAUUCACAAUAUACAAAUAUUCAUUAGAGGGGGGGGGUGAUGUCAAUUCUUUUGAUAGAAACUAUGAAUGAUAUGAGUCUAUCUGUAUUCGAUCAUUAUUGAUGUUACUAUGGUAACCUUUUACUUUCUUUCUUUUUAUUCUCAUUUUUGUCAAUGACACAUUCACAGUUGUUUUUUUUAUUUUCGAUUCUUUUCUUUUCUUUUUUCCUUUUUUUUUCUUUAUUGUUUUAAUAUGUGAUUGUGAUUUUUUGUUUUCUUAGUGUUUUUUUUUUCUCUAGUCGCUCCCUAUCAUCUUCUAACGAUUGAGUUAUUUGGCAUCAAUCACUAAUAUGGUUUAUAUUACUUACUUACUUACUUACUUAUGUCUUUUACUCCAAAUGGAGGAUAGGCUGCCGACCAGCAUUCGCCAACUCACUCACUCUGUCCUGAGCCUUCCUCUCUAGUUCUGUUCAGGUUUUGUUCAUUCGUCUCAUGUCUGUCACCAUUAUUUCUCGGCGUUAUGUGUUCUUUGAUCUUCCUCUUCUUCUUAUUAUUAUUAUUCAUUAUAUAUAUUGUCUAUGUAUGCAUUUUCAAUUAUAUACUUAUACAAAGUUGAAAAUAUACGUUUGCCAAAAAAAUAUUAACACAUUAAAGUACAAUAGGUUUAUCAGAAAAGGGUUUUUGGGAAGAUUUUAGUAAUUUUAUAUAGUUGAAAUCAUAAGUCAAAUGAAAUUAGACCAUUGUGGAAAACUUAGAAGUACUGGAUGGCUCAGUGAUCUAAUGGUUGGGCGGUCACGUACGAAACUGAUAGAUCCUGGGUUUGAAUCUCACAAAGUGGGAUUGUGGAUGUGCACUGCCACUGAGGAGUCCCACUAUUGGACGAAACUGCCGUUCAGUUCUUUCAGGUUUUCUAUGGUGAUCUAGCUUCAAUUGACCACGGAUUUCAACUAAUAAAAUUACAAUUUGUUUGUUCUUUUCUUCUUUUUGAUAAAAAUAUAUCUUUAUUAAAAAUAAAAAUAAAAUUUUUUUCCCUUA